AUGCCAGAAACAGCUUGGGAGAAGACAAAGAAAUACUCCGGUACAGCAUACUCCAAAGCACUCAAGCCAGGCUUCGAUAAAGCCUACCAGGUUGUGGACAAGCUCGGUGCACCCAUAAACCGCCUGUCCAACAAGCUCGGCGCCGAAGCCUUCUGGCCAACGUCGCUGGACAAAGAAUCCGACAAGGCUGCACGAAUCCUACGAAGUUUCUGCAAAGAUGGAUUUUACGCCAGCGUUGAAGAGGACCAAGCGCGGAAAGUGGCAGCCACCGGGGAGAAGUUGGAGGGUCCACAAGGCAAGCAGCGUGUCCUAAAAAAGAUACCCGAGAAGGUCAUUCGUGAGGCUAAAGGCCUUGCGAUCUUCACUACAAUGAGGACCGGUCUUUGGAUCAGUGGCGCUGGAGGAAGUGGAGUUCUGAUCGCUCGAAACCAGGAGAGUGGCGAGUGGAGCCCCCCAAGUGGCAUCAUGCUUCAUACAGCCGGCUUAGGGUUUCUUGUGGGUGUGGAUAUUUACGAUUGUGUGGUAGUCAUAAAUACAUACAAGGCACUUGAAGCAUUCACAAAAGUCAGAUGCACCCUGGGUGGUGAAGUGAGCGCUGUGGCAGGCCCUGUUGGACUCGGCGGGUUGCUAGAAACAGAAUUGCACAAGAGGCAAGCUCCGGUAUGGACGUAUCUAAAAAGUCGCGGAUUCUACGCCGGGAUACAGGUUGAUGGGACAAUCGUCAUUGAACGCACUGAUGAGAAUGAGAUAUUUUACGGGGAACGAAUACCAGUUGCGGAUAUCUUGGCUGGAAAAGCUCGGAAUCCACCAAGGACUAAAUAUCGUAUGCUACUGGAAACCGUAAGGGCGGCACAGGGCGAUAAGGUCGACGACAGUGAACUACCUGCCCCUGGACUAGCGCCAGGGGAUAUGCAGAUCGAAACUGAGACCAGCAAUUUUGGCAUUCCAGACGCAGAAGACCCCGACCCGUACGGCGUUAAGGCCUUGCAAGCAGAAGGUCUCGAAAUUCGUGAAGCAGGCACAAAGUCCAGGCCUAGCGCAGAGGUAUUCGAAUUCAAGCCGGCGACCACCAGCCCGAUUUAUUCAAGCUUUCGUAAGAGUGUGGAUGUACGAGAAAGAGCCAACAGCUGGCGAGGGAGCAUGACCAGCAUUGGCAGCGUAGACCGAGGAACACAAACGGAUGAAUACGAUUCCAGAAGUAUCAGCCAUAGUCCUGUCAAACGGAACAGCCAGCCACCAAGUCCAAUCAGGAAGGAAACAGAGCAUGUCCAGGACAGUAGUGACGAUGAUGACCUUGUUAAUGGAUCCGAUGCAUCAGUCCAAGAGCCUGCUCACAUCGAGACGGCGGUUCCAGUCGUCGCCCGAGCUCGAAUGGUCACAGUCCCAAAACGGUUGCCGCCGUCACUGCCACCGCGGAAUCCGAACCGGACAUCUCCGUUAUCGAAAAGUGAAAAUGGUGUAGACGGUUUUGAAAACGUUUCGCUGAGUGGCUCAGAGCAAUCAGACAUCACGCUUGAGGAUAGGAAGAGUGAUACAGAAAGCAAAGUCAGUAUAGACGGAGCACAGGUAUCUCCAGUGGACGAAACACAUCAUGCUGGUGUGAAUCGUGGGUCUGGUGUUGCUGGUGAGGAGGAAUUCCACUCCGUCCCGCCAUCGCCUGCGAAAGAGCACUUGCAAGGGAUACCAGGAGCGUUUUGA